AGAGAGGAGUAGCACACCCAACACAGAUACAGAGAGGAGUAGCACACCCAACACAGAUACAGAGAGGAGUAGCACACCCAACACAGACACAGAGAGGUGUAGCACACCCAACACAGAUACAGAGAGGUGUAGCACACCCAACACAGAUACAAACAGCCCAGUGCCACACACUUUAGAAACCACAGGGAACGUCCAUUCAGCCAGUCCAUGUGUGGGUAUCCUCAACGGACCUGUCACAAAGACUCAGCCUCAGGCCUGCCUCGGUGCUACAAAGCUCCACAUUGAGGCAUGCAUAUCGGGUGUCCGCUGUCAGGAAGAGCACGAGGUGUGUGUCACCAACAGGAACUCAGCAGAGUCGACUGAACCGUCAGAUACGGUGAACGGGAUCUGUCCAAUCAUAUCGUCCGUGGAGGCUGGACUUCCUUUAGAGGCGGGACUUACUGUAGAUGUGGGACUUCCUGAAGAGGCGGGACUUCCUUGCUUGCUAGACGCCCAUGUGCCUAUACCUGUUCCUGACCCGUAUCUCUCACCGUCACUAGACAGGAAGGGGAUCAACCAGUCAGAAUCCCAGUUAGCCUCACCUGUCCUACCUACUGGGCUAGAGAGUGGAGGAAUUACAGAGAUACAACAACGACAACAACAACAAACACAGUACUCCAGUUCACAACCCCAGGAAAAGGAUGCCGUUCAAACCCAGGGCCUAAUCCCUGAGCUCCAGGACCAGGGGGGCUCUAGCCCAGAGACACCCAGAGACAGUGAGCACUCGCCUGGGGAGCAUGAGUGGGAUGAGGCCUGGCUGAGGGAAGGCUCCACCUCUGUAGAGCUAAAGCCUGGUUUUGCUCAUCCUCAGUCUGACACUGAGGGGGGCAUUGAGGAAUGCCUACCCUCCAACCCCUACUCCCUCCCCCACAUAGACAGGUCGCUUUGCUCUGACAGCUUAGGGUCAGACGACUCAGAACAUUCCCAGCUGAAGACCUCAGACAGAGAGUACAGGACAGGAUCAACCCAUUCCCUGUCUGUGAAAAGAGAGGAGGAGAAGGAGGAGGAGAAAGAGGAGGAGGAAGAUAGUCAUGUUUGCAGUCAGCAGGAGCAGGCAGUAGAAAGCACGUCCUGUCGUUAUUCAGCACAGUCAAACACUGUUAUAGCAGAACUCUCUGACCGUACAGACACUGUUACAGCAGAACUCUCUGACCGUACAGACACUGUUACAGCAGAACUCUCUGACCAUACAGACAUUGUUAUAGCAGAACUCUCUGACCGUACAGACACUGUUACAGCAGAACUCUCUGACCAUACAGACAUUGUUAUAGCAGAACUCUCUGACCGUACAGACACUGUUACAGCAGAACUCUCUGACCUAACAGACACUGUUACAGCAGAACUCUCUGACCGUACAGACACUGUUACAGCAGAACUCUCUGACCAUACAGACACCGUUACAGCAGAACUCUCUGACCAUACAGACACUGUUACAGCAGAACUCUCUGACCAUACAGACACUGUUACAGCAGAACUCUCUGACCAUACAGACACUGUUACAGCAGAACUCUCUGACCUAACAGACACUGUUACAGCAGAACUCUCUGACCGUACAGACACUGUUACAGCAGAACUCUCUGACCAUACAGACUCUGUUACAGCAGAACUCUCUGACCAUACAGACUCUGUUACAGCAGAACUCUCUGACCAUACAAAUACUGUUACAGCAGAACUCUCUGACCAUACAGACACUGUUACAGCAGAACUCUCUGACCAUACAGACACUGUUACAGCAGGACUCUCUGACCAUACAAACACUGUUAUAGCAGAACUCUCUGACUCUGACCAUAUUGGGCUGCCAAGCACAGAGGAGACAGAGGAUGCUAUAGUCCCCUUCAGCCCUACAGGAGUCUUCAUAGAGAUCACCAGUGAUCUGCUUGUUGACCUCAGCUCACAGGGUUUGUCUAGUGACAUAGGCCAGGGGUCAACCCAACCUACAGAGACUGAAUCUCUUCAGGGAGACAGCACAGAACCCUCUGCCUUAGAUCAGGAAGCCACACCGCUGAGGAGGAUAAAGAUUACCGUGGGAACAGACUCUACUGUGUGUAACGACGAGGUACAGAGCCAACUGAAGGAGCUAGACAUCCAUCACAGCAUUUCUGGGCCUGAACCCUCUCUCUGCACCGUGCCACCCUCCAUCCUGCCUCUGUCCUGCCUCUCUGACUCCAACAACAACACCAAGGCCAGCGAAGGGUUGGUGUUGAGGUCUCCCUGUACAAGGGGUAAGGGGCCAGAGCAGUGGUCCUCCAAGGUAGAGGUAGCCCCCCAGAGCAGCUCAGAGGAGGGUGGGGAUAAAACCCAUGAUGAGUCCCCUUCCCUGACCGAGCCCUCCACGUUUACCUCUGACCUCCUGGGGGAGUCACUAGACAGCCCCCUAGAAUACCCCCCUGAGGACUCUGAGGAGUUCCUGUCCUACCUGGCCUACAAGCACUACUGGAGCAGCGAGGACUCAGCCGUGUCUGGGUUGGGGGACGAGUGUCACUUCAGCUUGGCUGAGGUGGAGGAGCUAGAGAGGCUCCAGGGAGAGGGCCACGGAGACGUCCCUUAUCAGAACCAUACUGAAACUACAGGCUGUAGGAGAGAUACAUCUAACCAUACAGACACUACAGGCUGUAGGAGAGAUAUCUCAGACCAUACAGAAACUACAGGCUGUGGGAGAGAUAUAUCUAACCAUACAGACACUGCAAGCUGUAGGAGAGAUAUAUCUAACCAUACAGACACUACAGGCUGUAGGAGAGAUAUAUCUAACCAUACAGACACUACAGGCUGUGGGAGAGAUAUAUCUAACCAUACAGACACUACAGGCUGUAGGAGAGAUAUAUCUAACCAUACAGACACUACAGGCUGUAGGAGAGAUAUCUCAGACCAUACAGACACUACAGGCUGUAGGAGAGAUAUCUCAGACCAUACAGACACUACAGGCUGUAGGAGAGAUAUAUCUAACCAUACAGACACUGCAGGCUGUGGGGAGGUUGUAGAGGGGGUAGUUAAUUCUAAUUGUGCUGUUAACAGUCCUUCAGACCUUUCUGAACCCUUAGCUUCCUACCUGGAGACCAGAGGCCUGCUAUUGGACAGCGCAGAGAAAGAGGAGGUGCAGCAGUCCAGCCCCCACCAAUCCCCUAACCCUCCCUCAGAGGGAGACAGACAGGACUGUAGCAAAUCACCUGGGGCUUUAGGAUUAGAGGACAGUUUGUUUGCUGAGGAGUCCAGCUCGUACAGCACCUACCUCCAGACCAGCUCUCACCCUGCCCUCCUGCAGCAGGAUCGUGGGGUGAGGAUUGUGAGAUACCCCUACUCCGACGUCAGUCUCAACCUGCUCUCUCUCAGUAGCCUCGAGCCCAUCCUAGAGGCAGACUCCGACCGCUCCCUGGACAACUCUGGGAUUGUGGAAGAUGUGACUGGAGUAGAGGGGGAGGGGGAGGAGGAGGAGGAGGAGGAGGAAGAAGGGGAGGAGGAGGAGCGAAGACAGAGUUUUAGGAUGAGGCCCACUGAGAAAGACAGGGACAGUGUUGUCCUGUCUGGUGACAUCAUCCUGUCAAACUCCACCUCCGGCCUUGAGAGCCCGUCGUUGUGUCUCCCCGAGGACUCAUCCAGUAUCGAGUCAUCAGAGCACCAACUGGACUCGUUGACCUUUGACCCCGAUGACCUCAGGGUUAUGACCUUACCACACGACAGGGACCAUGUAAGCAGCGAAAGCCGCUCCAGUCCAACCCCCACCUCUGUGUCCUACGACUUUGACACUACCAGCACUAACAGUGAGGAGACGGAAGAGUCCAUCCUGCCUGUCUCGGGGGGGAACACCAACCUCCACAAACCCAUGAAGAGCAACUCUAAAGACAGUCAGGCAGGGAGGUCCAAGAGCUCCAAGUUCUCUGUUUUUGCCAAGAUGCCUUCUUUCAGGAAGGGGAAGAGUCUGAAGAAUGCCAAGGAGGAGGACUUGCCCCGGGACUCACCAGACCUGGGCCUGAGCAGGGAUAUGGGGGGAGGACAGGUGGGACAAGGGGGAGACACCUCUGAUGAUGACAAUGUUUUCUUGAAGGGGGACAUCCUGAGCCAGACGGUUCAGCAGCCCUUCUCCUCUGGUCUGGGUGGUCGCUACGAGACAGAGCAGGAGGAUUACAGCUUCUUCCCCUCCACACCGCGCACCCGCCAUGUCCGCCUGCUCUUCAGGGAUGGGCCUGGGGACACCCCCCUGACCUCCCAGCCCGGAGGUCUCAGACACAACCAGACCGGGGCCCCCGAGGGCCUGCACGGCUACAAGAGGAGCAAGAGCUCUGACAGCCUCAACCUCCGCAUGCGCUUCGCCCAGGCCCACAAGUCCCUGUCCAGCCUGUUUGAGUCUCGCUCCAUGGACAAGGAGAACGAGGAGGAGCAGGUGAACAUUGAGACUGGGAGUGAAGGGGAGGUGGGGCGAGCCAAACAGUCCUGGAGGAGGCUAAAGAGAGAGAGGGCCAAGGAGGCAGAGCUGCUGAGGAGGACCCUGUCUGUCCCGGUCGGGGACGGGAUCAAGGGAGGGGACGGUGAGGAUGGGGGUGUGAGGACGCCCAGACAGACCCAUAGUGACUAUGCGUCCCGCUCUGCCUCAGUGCUUAGUGUCCCUGGGUCCCCCUCCUCUCUCAGGGCCCUGUGUCUCACCGACCCCCUCACUAAGAGGGGCUUCCAGGACAGUCACAGCGUGGCUGGGGAGAACACCCCACUGGGCUGCAAGUCAGAGGGCCAGAGGAGGAAAGGGAAAGUCCCACCCAACGACCUGUCAAUCAACUUCUCUGACUCCGGACCGCACUCCUCGGACGACUCUGAAGCCCCACCGACAAACGACUCCAGCCCUCUGUCGCCCAUGAGCCCCGCCUCCCUGGCCACCCUAGCCAAUCAGCUGUCUUGGUCCAGCUCCCGGUCCCCAGGAGGAGCCUAUGAGAGCACAGCGUCUAGCAUGGCAGCAACACCAGACACCCCAGUGAGACCCAUGAGCCCCAAGCCCCACAGCCCCAGACCGGCUGCCCAGCACAGGCCCUUCCGCUACCCCCAAUCUGCCUCAGCCCGGGCCUCAGCCCUGUCCUUGCUCCUCAUGGCUCAGUCAGCCAGUGUAGAGGGCUUGUCUGACCCACCAGAGAAGCCCAAGACCCUGAAGCCCAGAGCGGGGCCGCUAGGCUCCUCCUCCCUCAGUCCAUUGGAGGACAGUGGAGUGGACAGCCAAUCACAGAUCAGCCUGCUUACACCUAUGUCCAUCAACCAGUUUGAGACUCAGGGUGGCUGUAGACCCACCAGCCAGGCAGGAGGAGAGAAGAGGCUAGCAGAGCUUAAGUCCCCUGGGUCUGGACUGGUCACUACUGCCUCAGCCCUCAGACCACCACCAGGCCACAGGCCGAACAGGGAGAGGGACAGGGGUCCAAGACGCCACCGCUGCUCCUCAGACGACCUGUGGAUCGAAGAGGAGAAGAGACGGAAGCGGAAGCUGGCCCGAGUCGUGAGGGGCAGCCUGGGACAACUCAACACCCACUGUCCUGAAGACCUGGAGAAAGCACGGGCUCGAGUGUCCCUGUCGACCAUGGAGGAGUUCUCCGGGAUUCCCCUGAAGGCCCACUGCUUCUCCCAGAGCACCCCCAUCGGACUUGACUGUCUGGGCUGGAGACGACACAUCUCCUACCCCUCGGUGAUAGUACCAGACGGAGGUGGAGAGAAGGCCGGUCUGGGUGAUGAUCUAGGCAGUGAUGAAGACCUGUAUGAAGAGUUCCGCAGCUCCGGACAUCGCUGUGGACACCCAGGGGGAGGUGGAGAACAACUGGCCAUAAAUGAGCUGAUCAGUGAUGGCAGCUGUGUGUACGCCGAGGCCCUGUGGGACCAUGUCACCAUGGACGACCAGGAGCUUGGCUUCAAGGCGGGGGACGUCAUCGAGGUAGUGGAUGCCACCAACAAGGAGUGGUGGUGGGGACGCAUCCUGGACAGUGAGGGCUGGUUCCCAGCUAGCUUUGUUCGGUUGCGUGUGAACCAGGAUGAGCCCAUGGAGGAGUACCUAGCCCAGCUGGAAGAGGCUGGGGCUGGGGAAGUGGACCGGCCAGGGGUGGGUCUGAUCCUGGGACCAGGCCUGCCGUGUAAGGACCAGAUGAGGACUAACGUUAUCAAUGAGAUCAUGGGCACAGAGAGAGACUACAUCAAACACCUCAAAGACAUCUGUGAGGGUUACAUCAAGCAGUGUCGUAAGAGGAUAGACAUGUUCACAGAGGAGCAACUGCGGUGUAUAUUCGGCAACAUCGAAGACAUCUACCGCUUCCAGAAGAAGUUACUGAAAGGUCUGGAGAAGAGGUUCAACAAGGAGCAGCCGCACCUCAGCGAGAUCGGAUCCUGCUUCCUCGAACACCAAACAGACUUCCAGAUCUACUCGGAGUACUGUAACAACCACCCCAACGCCUGUGUGCAGUUGUCCAGACUGAUGAAGACCAACAAGUACGUGUUCUUCUUCGAGGCCUGUCGUCUGCUGCAGAAGAUGAUUGACAUCUCGCUGGAUGGCUUCCUGCUCACGCCCGUUCAGAAGAUCUGCAAGUACCCUCUGCAGCUGGCCGAGCUACUGAAAUACACCAACCCUCAGCAUAGGGACUAUAAGGACGUGGAGGCUGCCUUGAACGCCAUGAAGAACGUGGCCAGGCUGAUCAACGAGAGGAAGCGGCGCCUGGAGAACAUUGACAAGAUCGCCCAAUGGCAGAGCUCCAUAGAGGACUGGGAGGGAGAAGACAUCCUCAGUAUGAGUUCAGAUCUGAUCUUCUCUGGAGAGCUGACGAAGAUCUCCCAGCCUCAGGCUAGGAGCCAGCAGCGCAUGUUCUUCCUCUUCGACCACCAGAUGGUCUACUGCAAAAAGGACCUCCUGCGCAGGGACAUGCUGUACUAUAAGGGUCGUAUGGACAUGGACCUGAUGGAGGUGGUGGAUGUGGAGGACGGGAAGGAGAAGGACUUCAACGUGUCGGUGAAGAACGCUCUGAAGCUGCGCUCGCUGGCGGGGGACGAGAUCCACCUGCUGUGUGCCAAGAAGCCUGAGCAGAAACAACGCUGGCUCCGAGCCUUCCAGGACGAGAGGACGCAGGUGCAGCACGACCUCGAAACAGGAUUCUCCAUCACUGAGGUCCAGAAGAAACAGGCCAUGCUGAACGCCUGCAAAAGCCAUCCAACUGGGAAGCCCAAAGCGGUGACCCGGCCCUACUAUGACUUCCUGCUGCGUCAGAAGCACCCGUCUCUGCCCAGCACCGUACCCCAGCAGCAGGUCUUCAUGCUGGCUGAGCCCAAACGCAAGGCGACCACCUUCUGGCAAAACAUCGGCAGACUGACGCCUUUCAAGAAGUGAAACGUCGGAGAGGAGGAUUAGAGGAGGAAGGCUUAACGCCUGAACUGACUUUUUUAUCCCCAAUCCUUUUUUUUCCUUCUCUCGUUUGUUCUUUGUUAUACAUAAUGUUAUCCUAAUUCAUAUACUGAUUAUUGUGAAAGAUCAACAUGAUGAUGAUGAUAUUUUUUCUUUGAGAAAGCACUUUAUAGGUUGGUUACAAUCAGACUUGGGAAUGGUUCUCCCGGACAUCGUGUAUACUUUGGGAGAAUGUUACUAGGACUAUUUUACCUGCUACUGCUACUACAACUUCAACCAAGCACCGAUUGGUACUAAUAUUACUACUGCUGUGUGAUCAUGUGACUGCCAAUGAGGCUCCUCUUUUUGGAAAGACAUUGACUGACGCAACUAAAUGAUUUUUUCCCCCAGUGUUUUUGUUUUGUUUCGACCAAUGCCAACUGUUCACAGUGCCAGAUCAAUUUUGCUUUUGUAUUUAAGUUUGUGCUGUGUCUGCUAUUGAAAAAAAGGUGAAAAGGGGGGAUAAAGUUUAUUGUACUUCU